AUGAAGCCCGCGUCGGGCACCCGCAAGCCCUACAACGGGCUCUCGCGAAGUCUCGUACUCGCUCUCGAUAUUGGGACAACCUUCAGUGGUGUCUCGUAUGCAAUUCUUGAACCCGGGGAGGUUCCCAAGAUCCACGGGGUUACUCGAUUUCCGGGGCAGGAACAUGUUGCAGGUAACUCGAAGAUACCAUCCAUCAUGUACUACGAUCGUGCCGCAAAGAUGGUCGCGGCAGGGGCGGAAGCCGAGAGUGCCUCGAUCGUCGCGGAGGCGGAGGACGAGAAUUGGCUCAUGGUCGAGCUCUUCAAACUCCGGCUGCGGCCAAAGGCCAUGAAGCUGAAGAUGAACGGGAUGCGCUUCGCGCCGCUUCCCCGGGGAAAGAACGCGGUGGAUGUUUUCGGCGACUUCCUUGCAUAUCUCUUCCAAUGUACCCGUUCCUUCAUCGUCGACACGCACGCGAACGGCUUGUCUCUGUGGCGAGCGGUCGAACACGACAUUCAGUUCGUGCUGAGCCAUCCAAACGGGUGGGAGGGAGCGCAGCAAACGAAGAUGCGCCGAGCAGCGGUGUACGGUGGACUGAUACCCGAUACAGACGAAGGCAAGGCACGGAUACGCUUUGUGACAGAGGGUGAGGCCAGUCUGCACGCGUGCGUGUUGAACGGGCUGGCAGCGGACGUCUUGCAGAAUCCAUCUGGACAUGGUUUCAUUGUUGCAGACGCCGGAGGCGGGACCCUUGACAUUAGCUCAUACGCCAUCCGCGGGAGUGCUCCCCUUGUGAUUGAAGAGAUCGCGCCGCCCGAUUGUGUCUUCGCUGGCUCCGUGUUCGUUAGUCGUCGGGCACGCGCAUUCUUCGAGGAGAAAUUGAAGGCGUCGAAGUAUGGUACGCCGGACUCGCUGGAUCACAUCACAAAGCGCUUCGACGAGACGACAAAGCGACUGUUUCGCGACAACAAGGAGCUGCAGUUCGUGCCAUUUGGGUCUCCGUUGGAUAAAGACCCGACGGUGGGCAUACGUGGUGGUCAGCUCAAGUUGACAGGAGCUGAGGUAGCAGCGCUAUUCGAACCAUCAAUAGAGUCGGCAGUCGCAUCCAUCAAGGCACAGAUACAGGCUUCCGGUGGAGCUAUCAAGUCCGUAUGGCUUGUCGGUGGAUUUGCGGCCAGUCCAUGGCUCUUUAGUCAACUACAAGAACGCCUGACACCGCUCCAUGUCACCGUCAGCCGACCAGACAGCCAAACCUCAAAGGCCGUCGCAGAUGGUGCGAUCGGCUUUUACUGCGACCACCAUGUCUCCGCGCGCAUGUCGAAGUUCAUGUACGGCGUGGAAUACCUGCGCGAGUUCAACUCAGAAGACGAGGAGCACGUCGCGAGACAGCAUCGGCUCUUCGAGUUGCCAUCGGGGCCGAAACUCUUACCUGAUGCGUUCGAUUGCAUCCUAUCAAGGGGACUCAAAGUCAAAGAGUCGACCGUUUUCAGCAGGAAGUACUGCACGGAGGUGACCAACAUCGCCACUCUUUCAGUUUUUGAGGUCGAGCUCUGGUGUUACCGUGGUGGCGAUACGAUUCCAAAGUGGAUACUACGAAACAAGGAGGACUUUUCGACCCUGUGCUAUGUGCGUGCGGAUUUGUCCCCGCUGGCCGGGAGCGCACAGGCGAAGCCAGGGAAAAGUGGGAAGACAUACUACAACAUCGUCUUCAACAUUGAGAUCCAUUUCGGACUGACAGAGUUCAGGGCACGCAUCAAGUGGAUUGACAACGGGCCUGUUCUCUGA